CUUUCUUUCUUCCAUUCUUUGUUCUUCCUUUCAGACUUCUUUCUUACUGUGGUGCAAAUAAAAUCUACGAAUCUUCCAUACCCAUCCCUACGCUCAUUGAUCUCCUCAGCACCGUAAUGCCAUGUCUCUUCCGGGAUUAGACCUUACACAGCCCUCCGGGGAGAAGGAGUUUGUCCCCGCACCGCCGACGCAAAUUACUGUCGGCAAAGGUUCAGAAUGGCGGUUUGAGGUCGCGUUCGGCACCGUCGUGCGCGUCAAGCUCCUGACCGGCACCGCCGAACUCUUCGGUACGGAACUCGCCCCCUCCCAGACGUACACCUUCACCGGCACGAAAGCCGCGAUCUACACAUGGCACGGAUGCAUGCUCGAGGUCAGCGCCGGCGAGUCCUACGCGACACCGGACAGCCUUGCGCCUGGCGGCAACAACAGCAGCAGCAACAGCAACAGCAACAGUAACGAACCACCCACGACGGGUGGCGGCGGCGGCGGCGGUCGCGGCCUGGGCGCCGGAGGCUGCCAGAGCGAGUACACGGCGGAGGAGACGCCGAUGGUGGAAUACGCGAACGUGCACUUUGCGCUGGAGACGAUGCGGCGGCAGGCCAAGGCGCAGGGCAGGGACGGGCCGCGGGUGCUGAUCCUGGGCUCGGAGGACGCGGGCAAGACGAGUCUGGCCAAGAUUCUGACGGCGUACGCCACCAAGGUCGGGCGGCAGCCGGUGGUCGUUAACCUCGACCCCACGGAGGGGAUGCUGAGCGUACCCGGGACGCUGACGGCCACCGCGUUCCGCACGAUGAUCGACGUCGAGGAAGGCUGGGGGUCCAGCCCCAUGUCCGGCCCCAGUGCGGUGCCCGUCAAGGUGCCCCUGGUCUACUUCUACCCGAUGGCCAACCCGCUCGAGGCCGAGGGGUCCGUGUACAAGGCGAUCGUGUCGCGGCUGGCCGUCUCGGUCAUGGGCCGCAUGGCCGAGGAUGAGGAUGUCCGGGAGACGGGGAUCAUUGUCGACACGCCGGGGAUUCUCAGUCAGAGUAAGGCGGGGAAUGUGGACUUGAUCAAGCAUAUUGUGACGGAGUUUGCCAUUACGACGAUUUUGGUGAUCGGCUCCGAACGACUCUACAGUUCGAUGAUGAAGGAGUUUGAUAACAAACCUACGGCCAGUGCGUCUGCCGUGGCGUCGGAUGAGCGCAUCUCCGUGAUCAAGCUGUCCAAGUCCGGGGGAUGUGUGGAUCGGGACGCAGCGUUCAUGAAGGCCGUCCGCGAGUCGCAGAUCCGCACCUACUUCUUCGGUGACCAGAUCCCUUCCGCCGCGUCAGGGGCGCUGCCGCUGUUGGCCGCCUCUUCCAAGAAUGUGACGCUGUCGCCGCACGCGCAGCAGCUGGAUCUCAGCACGCUGUCGAUAUACAAUUACACCAUCGCUACCCCGGAGGAGGACGAGGAUGAAUAUGACCCGGCGUCAUUUGGCACCGAUUCGUUCCUCCCUGGCGGAGGCAACGAGGCGGGCUCGAACCACAAUCAGCAGCAGCAGGAGGACAGUAGUGCAACGUCUGUUCUGCCCGGGUUCGGGAGUGCGCCGUCGAGUGCCACGGCGGAGACGGGCGGCGGCGCAAAUGUGCCGUUGAAGAAGCUGCUCCCGCCGGCGCCCACGGGGCUGGCAAAUUCGCUGCUGGCGAUCACGCAUGCGCCGACGACGGCCAGUGCGGCGGACGUGCGGGAUGCGAGUAUCAUGGGGUUCUUGUAUGUGGCGGAUGUGAACAACGAGAGGGGAAAGAUCCAGGUGUUGGCGCCGGUGGGGGGGCGAGUGCCUCCGCGGGCGUUGGUGUGGGGGAAGAAAUGGCCGGGCGAGGUGGUCGGAUUGGUGGGUUAGCACGGAGUAGUACUGAGUACAUUAAAAGCG